GGGCUCGAUAUAGGAUUGAACCACAGUUUAAGCAACGCUAGCUAGUUGUAAUUGCAAGCAUUUGCUCAGUGGCUCUUUGAUAAUAAACUAGAUUCUUGAUAUUGUCAGGAAGACUGAGAUGUGAAAAUGUUUUCGGUUACACUUUCAGAGCAGCAGCAGAAGGACUUGGCGAAGAGCCUUGUAUCGUUCCUGUCGAGAUAUAAACACAUAUCCGACUCUUACAUUAUUGAGUUUUUCAGUGAGAACCUGUGGGAAACACUACCUGAAGGAUGGCAGAAAGCUUUGCAAGAUUUAUCACCACCUCAGGUAGCAGACCUGCUGCUGGAAAGAGAGAUGAAGAACAGAGUCUACCCUUCAGUGUGGCCUCUAUCUUUACUGGCACUACGGGCCACAGCUCACACACUGGCAUUUCCUCGGAUGCCUCCAGCCCACCGCUCCGAGGACACAGUAAAGCCAGUUGAAUUUCACUCUAACAACAGUCAAAGUUCUCUGCUUGGUCAUAUCUUCCGCAAACAUGUGAAACCCAAGAAACAACAUGAGAUUCGUAAGCUUGGCAUGCUAGUUAAUCAGCUGUGUGACCAGACCCAGUGUAGCAGUGUGGUUGAUGUUGGGUCUGGGCAGGGCCAUUUGACCCGUUUCCUGUCAUUUGGACUUGGUCUGGAUGUUACUGCUGUUGAGGCUGAUUCCAAUCUAGUUUCCAUGGCCUCUAAAUUUGAUGGACAGCUCCUGUCGACUCUGGCCAAAGAGAGUCGUAAGACAGGCAUGGCUCACACAACACCUGAUCCUGUACCCCGGCACGUAGUUGGCUGGGUCAACCCCAGAGACACCUGGGAGACUUUCCUUCAGCAGCUGGAGCAGAGGGAGAAAAACUGUGAGAGUUACCCAGCCACAGCAAGACCAUGUAAAAAGAGACAGCGGGUAUCGAUGACAUCAGGCAAGGAAUGUGAGCUUGAAACAGAGCUCCUUUGUGGAAGCCAGCACUUGUGCACAGGGGAAUGCAGUUUGGUAGCUUCUGCUGAAGAGAAUUCAGCUAAGUCUGUUCUUCAGCAACAUAAAAAGGAAAGCAAUGACUGUGUAGCUCUGCCAGACACUGUGAUGGCAGAACAUCGCCCUCAAGCUGGUUUUGGAUGGACUUCAUCCAUGCAUUCUGAGUCUUGUUCUAGUGUUAAAGAACCAAUGUGGUCAGAUUUUGUACUGACUGGACUUCAUGCUUGCGGGGACCUUAGUGCUACUCUCCUCCGCCAUUUUGCAAACUGCCCCCAUGUCCAAGGAAUCACCUCUGUAGCAUGCUGCUAUAUGAAAAUCACUACCAAGGAGAACCCUAUGCCUCCUGGAGUCAUCCUACCCACUCUGUCUGAUAACACAGCUAAAGUAUCACAAUCAGAAUAUGGCUACCCAAUGAGCAAGUGGGUGAGACGGUUGCCAGGACACGAGCUAUCCUAUAAGGCCCGUGAGGGAGCAUGCCAUGCACUCGAAGACUAUCUCCAUAGGUUGAGAGAUGAGAGCUCAUUGCUGAAAACACACUGCUACCGAGCGGCCCUAGAGGUUAUCAUCAGAGCAGAGAGGCCUCGGCUACGCAGAGCAGGCAUCCAGACCAUUAAAAAAGCCCAUACACUACCUUUCGCUGAGUAUGCCCGUCUGGGGCUCGCGCGUGUUGGCUUGCCUGCUGACCUGACCUUUGACCGUGUCAGUGUGGAAGGCCUGCUGGAGCAGCAGGGCAGAGUGGUGGUAUAUUUCAGCCUGGCUCUGCUGCUGGCUCUGGUUGUGGAGACUCUGGUCCUUCUGGACAGAAUGCUCUUCCUACAGGAGAGAGGUUUUCAGAGCCAGCUGAUUCCACUGUUUGAUCCAUUACUUUCACCCCGAAACCUUGUGCUGGUGGCAGUGAAACCCAAAGAAGAUAGUAGAACAAUUCAAACCUGCAUUUAAUGUCUAGAAUACCCAAAAUGUCCAAAAUUGGAUUUGCUUAAAGGGAAAGUACACUGAUGAGUCUCAAGUGUGUUUAUUUGUGAAAUCAUGUUGCUUAAAUGAAAUGCUCUGAAUUUUAAAUCACUUUUUAAACCUGCUGACAAAUAUUUUCUCCUGAGAUGUACUGGCAUAUUAUGGUUUUAGCUGCUUUAUUGAACAAAACCCAGUCAAGAACUCAAUAGGCAAAAUCCUUAAUAACAGUGGAGGUACUGUAUGUAUUUGAAACUUUUUCUUAAGUUUUAGACCACAUCUUGUUCAGAAAAGUGAAGUCUCCCUGUAUGUUUCUGCCUGUGGUAAUUUGUCUAAAUUGCUUGAUGUUAUUGAUUUUAUUUUGAUAAAGGUUUUUAAUAUACUUGC